AUGUUUUCGCGGGCCGCCGCCGAGGGGCAUGAAUCAUCUCCCUCGCCGCACCCCACCCCUCCCCCUCCCCCGCCCCUUACGCCGCUCAGUAACUCAGGAAAUUACGCGCCUCCGCCCCCGCCGCCGCCCCCGGGGAGUGCUGCUUCACUCCACAACUGCGUACCUCGCCGCCCCCAGAAACAAAUUUACAACGCCAUCUUCCUGCACGGAAGUCGCCUGCCGCCUUAUUUAGACAGUGUAACGGCACCGAGUGGCCGUAGCAGGCACGGAGCUCCGCGCCAGCUAUCAGAGCUGCGGGAACAAGUGCACACGGCGCACCGCCGCGCGGCCGGAGACUUGAACGCCUGCGCGAGCGACGAACCCUGCGCUCGCCUGGCCGGCCAGCUAUCUGAUGGCAGGCGGCUGAUGAACGGCCUCUUUGUGCGAGCGACCUUCAUAACUCAGAGCUCCGCGAGCUCGCCGCGCCGCGCCGCGCCGCACCGCCUUACGUGGGCGGACACUGAACUCUGCGACACUGCCAAGGUCACCCUUGUUUACUUUCUCCGCUCUCUGACGUGA